AUGAUGGUGGCGAAAGACGUACGUUCGUUUCUUACUGCGCUUUCGACAGAUGGGAUAGUGAGUACGGCUGAAGUACCCAAGACGGCAGAUCGGAAUCCGACGAGGAUGUUUUAUUUAUGGUAUGUGGAUGUUGAGAGAGGGGUUUUACAUGUGUUGUAUAAGACGUUGUAUAAUAUUUCGGCGAGGAGGCAGGCAGAGAGGGAGGAUCCGAUGGUGGUUGCGGUGUUGGAGAAGAGAGAACGAAGUGAUGUGAAGGAAGAUGAGGGGCUGUUGAGUGUGAUGGAGAAGGAUACGAUCAGGUUGUGGGAAGAUACGGAAGAGAGGCUAGGGGUGCUGGAGGGGAGAAUUCAGGAAUGCGUGUUCAUUGUAAGAGAAUUGGGGAAAGUAGGAGGUAUUUCUGACGAAUAA